AGGCACCACGUUCUCCCACAGUGGAGGUAAACACAACAAGGUCUGGCGGUGGUGGUGGUGGCGGUGGUGACAUGCUGGCUUCCUCUGUGUUCUGCAAGCCCCACACCGCCCCCCGCACCGCGCCCUGGCUGGGAAGGCGCCUGUGAGGUGCUGGGUUGACAUGUGACGUGAUGAGUAGCCUUAGUAUCCCCUGUGGCAGCUGACAGAGUCCACCCCCCGGGGCCCCUGAGACAAAAUGAAGAAAUUAAGGCGAGUCAUAGGAUCUGUAGCAAACUUGACCAGCGGCAGGAGUGAGGAACAGCCGUCAACUAGCACCCCAAAGCCCAGCGCUCUGUCAGCCUCCCGUAGGAGCGUCUCAGGACCACUACAUGAAACAAGCAGUCCCCAGAGAGGCUCCUACUACAGCUAUGAAACCCAGUCAUUGGAUUCCUUCAAUAGCGGGCUGUCCUCCGGCACCUCGCAGGUUGACCCAUACAGCAAGGUGGACAAACAUUUCACCAAGCUGCACAAGUGGGCCUAUCUUGGGGACACAAACAAGCUCAAGAAGUUCAUUAAGAAAGUGCCUGUAGAUGCCCAGGACAGUGAAGGCAAGACUGCCCUGCAUCACGCUGCUGCUCAGGGCCAUGGUGAUGCUCUGCUCUUCCUCCUGGGCAGUAAGAGCAAUGUGGAGCUGAAGGACAAUGCUGGCAUGACUGCCUUCCUCAGGGCUGUGGAAAGGAGCCAGCAGCACAUUGUUCAGAUGUUGCUCCAGAGAAGAGUUGAUAUGAAUGUUGCUGACUACCAAGGCAAUAGCAGCAUUCAUCUGGUAGCCAAGACAGGAGCAACAGAUCUCCUCAUCAUGCUGCUGGAGUGUGGCAGCGACUGUGACACCCCCAACACUCUGGGCCGGACCCCUCUCCAUGUGGCCUGCACUGAGAACCAAGAGGAGGCAGUGGAGGCUCUUCUGAGGCACGGGGCAAGUGUUAAUGUGGCAGACAAGGAGGGAGUGACGCCUCUCAUGGUGGCAGCCAAGCUAGGCAGUGUGCCCUUGGUGGAAGCUCUGAUAGAUAAUGGUGCCAACAUCUCUCCUGUGGAUGCCAGCAAGUGGACAGCUGCUGACUAUGCUCGCUUCACCAACCAUAACCAGCUACAUCACCGCCUCAAGACACUUCUCGACAAGGAAGGGGGAGUGUCCUUGAUUCCUCAGGGUUUGCUCAGCGUGAGUGAUGAAGGGAGUGACCAGACGGACGGUGCAGCCGGAGGUGUGAUCAAGAAGCCCUGUGAUAACGAGGAGGAAGAUGCUGCUGACAAUUCCUGGAGUGACACUAGUGAUGUAAAUUCUGUCAAGGAGAAACCCAAGCUCAACCUGACAAAGUUUCUUCCAUCAUCUGAUGAAUCCACUGAAAACGUUGUGCCUGCCAUCACAGAACCUCCUGAAGGUGCCAUGGGUCCUCCCAAGCCUCCCCGUCUCUAUGCAAGCUCCUCAAGUCUUGCCUCAGACAAGCUUGUGAUAGGGAGGAGUGACGAUGUGCAGGAAAAAGACGAUAGUGUGAAGGACAACGACUCUUGGAAGUCAUCUUCUGAGGAUGAGAAGCCAAAAGUUAAAAACCUUGGACUGUUUAUGGGAAAUCUAGAUUCUAGUAGUGAGUUAAGAAAAUCUAAGGAGGAUAGAGAUAAAGACCCUAUUAUGAAAUCAAGGGUUGGUAGAGAUGAUCUGAUGCUGGAGUUAGGUCUUAAUGACAUGAAUUAUGAGGUGUCGGAUGAAGAUAUUUCUUUUGAAGAGGAAAAACCAGAUCUGCCUUUAGAGGGAACACCCACCAAGGAUGCACUUACUCUCAGGAACAAGACCUCACCAGAGCACAGGCAGAGGUGUGGCAGUGAGUCUGAACACCCCUCACCAUCAGCUAAGCCACUCACCUCAGACAGUCAUCACUGUACCAGUCCUGAGAAUAAAAGCAGUGUUAGAUCGGUGUCCCCACCAUUGAGCUCUGUAAGGAGUGGCAACAGUAAGUUCCUUGGCUCAGAAUCUCCUGUCAAGUCCCCAGCUAAGAAGUCUCCAAAGAAGAGUAAGCUUCACCAUCCUAAGUCCAGCACGUUUGACAGUGACAGUGAUGAAGGUGGGUCUGCUUUGUCUCGCCCUCACCGGAGAAAGAAGCAGGAAAUGGCAUCUUUGAGCAAGCAGGUGGCUGUGGAUGAGGACUCUUGGGACAGUCCUAAAUCCAAAUCACACAGUAAUAAAGGAUCAAGAAAGUCAUCUAAAGACACCAUUAGUCUUAGUCUCGAUAGCUUGCCUGGACAUCAAAAAACAGAUAAGAUGAGACCAAACAGUGGAAAACCUCAGAAGAGUACACAAGAAGCACAAGGCAGUGGUGUCCUGGCUGAUGGUCUGCUUCCCCCAGCUGGUGUGGCCGGCAGCUCCCGCACCAGCACUCUGUCCACAGCAGUAGGGACCUUAGGCCGAGAAGGAACCAUGCAGGAGGUGGAGGAGAUGUGGGAAGCAAAUCCUAGUAGGAAGAAACCAAAGUCUUCCAGUGGCAGUAGCAGCAGUCCACAAGAUUCUGAAAGUUCUCACAAAUUAGAUGACAGUACAGGAAAAUCAAGGAAAGAAGAUACAGUGAGGGCAAGGAUGGAGCAUGUUAUAAUGUUGGUAGUGGAGAGAGAGAAACACAUGUUGAGGUGGAGGAUGAUGGACAUGGUGGUAAUAAUGCUGGUGAAAGUAUCAAAAUGGACGUGGACAAUGGAGACUGCCCACGAUGUGAGUGACGAUGACUUUGGCUCGAGUGGAGUGGAGGACUUGCUGGCGUCCAAAGUGAAGGUCACCAACCCUGCUUCGCAUCCCAUCAGUGCCGUCAGAGCUCUACUGCUGCCAAAACAAAAUGUGGCUAAAGAAGAGCAGAGUUCAAAGGAAAAACACCAGCAGUCUGUCUCACCACAGAACAAACCCCAAGCCCUCAGGAAGCAGAAGAGUCUCUCACCCUCACCAAGGGAAGCAGACAAAAAACAAAGCACCAAAGAGGCUCAGGUACCUGCAGGGAAAAUUCCAUCUGUGGUAUUUGAUGCUGACAAAACAAGUAAUAGUAAAAAGGAAUCUACAUCACCCUUUGCCCAGUCUUCCUUUGAGGUGGCGGGUGUGAGGGCACCACACAGGGAUGCCCUGAGGAGUGGUCUGGGUGGCAUUGUGCAUAGUGAUGAAGAGUCUGUUGGCCUGGACCACCUUGCCUCAUCUCACAGCUUGGAGGAGGGAGAGGAUAGGAUGUCAGUUACCUCAACUGAAACAGAGGAGAGUGCUCACAUCAAUGCUGGGCUGAAGGACUCCCUGCUGGUGCCACUCUCAACCUUGCCUGAUGUCUCCAAUGUGGGUCAGCUGCAGGACCUGGUGAGGGAGCUGCGACUCAAGUUGGAGAAGGAGUUUGGCCGCAGGAAGGACUUGGAGGCUAGAGUCUCAUCCUUAAAACAGCAAGAAAAACAAUCGAGGCUUCUCAGUUCACAACAGGAGCUGAGUUCCCAGCAGAUGCAGCAAGAGAUAUCCAGCCUGGUGGCGCGAGUCAAGCAGCUGGAGUACCAGGGACGUACAGAGCAGGACUCCUCUCUCCUCAAGGACCACACCCUGCAGGAUACCCAGCAGAGGUGUGGUGAGCUGGAGGAGCAGUGUGGGGCCCUCCAGUUGCAUGCCCAGCAGCAGGAGCAGAUGGUGAACUCUCUCAUGGUUCAGUUGCAAACAAAGGAAAGAAUCAACCUUACCUUACAAGAUAAAUUAGAAGAGCUUUCCUCUCAGACCAAAUAUGUUUCUAUGAAAAGUUGCCAGACGGAAGAUUUCUUGAUGGCCAUUGCACCACGUGAGUCAGCACAAGCCCAGACUGAUUGGGUAUGUCUGAGUGGUGGAGAGGACCGGCAGACACAGACCACACCAUCAGUGUGUGAAUCAUUUUCCCAAACAGAAGCAACAGAUGUGGAAAUGAAAUUGAGGGAUUUAGAUUCUUCUCAUGAACCAAAAGUGUAUAGUAAUGUUGAAACAAGAACUCAGGCCAUACAAACUGAGCCUGAAAAUAUGAAAAAAACUGAAUGCAGAGAUAUUUCAUUUAGAGACAGAGGAACUCAGUAUGAGAGGGUCACUAUGGUGCAUGCCAGUUGUCAGAACACCCCACAAAGAGCCUUCAAAUCCUCUCAAACACAAUGCGUGACAAAGGCUGCCUUUAGCCAGACAGAUGGGGCUGGCCAGGAUGGCUUUGGUUUGCAGAAGGGUAGUGUAAGUGACUCAUCCUGUCAGACAGUCAUCUUAAAUAAACAGACUGGGAGUCAAACAGAAGCAGUGAAUUUGGAAACUCCUGCAAAUACCACCAAUGUUGUGUCAGAAAGUAAUUCACAGGUUCAAAUGCUUACAUCAUCUCUGGAGAAUGCUCUACAAGACAUCUCACAUGAUAUAAAAUCUGUCUUGAGGUCCUCUGAAGAUGGUCAUGUGUCUGCUGUGGAGGAGAUCAACAGAGCUCUCACCAGUCAGAUGGGGAUGCUGGCCAGCAGCCUCACCACCACACUGCAGCAUACCUCAGACUCACACAGUCAUGAGAAGCUGGUGGAGGUUCAGGAAGGAAUUUCUCAGUUGCAGGACACAUUGCAGACACAGAUGGAAGUUGUAAAGGAUCUGUCAAAUGAACCUUCCCAAGCAGAUCUGCAGAAUCUUCACCAAACAGUUGAGAAAGUCAAUCUAGAUAUGAAAUCCAGCUUGGAUAAUCUUGGCAGCAGAAUCACAGAAGCAUUGCAGAAUCAAGCAUCAAGUCAUCAUGAACAGAAAGCUCUCAUUGCUUCACUUGUUGAGCAGAAAUAUGAAAACAACAAAAUUCUAACAAAUCUCUCUGGUCAGCUUGACAAAAGAAAUGAUGAUGAUGCAGAAAGAUUUCAAAAUCUCAAGCAGCACAUUGCUGCCCAACUCUCAGAAAUCAAGAAAGCUAUUGAGUUAUCCAGUGUGUCAGAUGACAGUGGUGUUUCUGGAAAUUUGACCAGAGGUGUAGUUGAGAAGUUGGACUCCAUAGAAAAAUCCCUCAUUGUUCCUGGUGGAAAAGGUUGUGUCUCAGAAGAGCUGUCCGGAGUGCAGUGUGGCGUGCAGCAGCUGUCUCGUGAGCUACACAAUAACAUGAAAGCACUUGAGGAACUGAUCAAAGCUGUAAGCACCGACUCUAGACAUAACCAAUCUGCUUUAAUGGAGCAGACCAAGACAAUUAGUGACAGUAAUGAACACCUCACAACACUUGUAAAGCUUAGGCUGUCCGAAGCAAAUUCAGAUCUCAGUGAGGCAAUAGAAGAAAACUUUCGCAUAGUUCAGGAUCACCUGCUUCACCUCCAGCAGACUGUGGUGCAGAGGAUCAAUGAAGUGGCAGAACACAUAAGUAUCAGUGAGGACAAGAAAGCUUCCAAUUUAACAAGGCAGAUGAUGGAGAUAGUGAGCCAAGUGUCUGGUGUUCACAGUGGCCUUGCACAGCUGCAGGCCAGUGUGGAGCAGGCACGCAGCACACCCACACCGGGUGGCUUGGUGGAUGAAGCUUUUGUCUCCUCCUUCAAGACCUACCACCAGCAAGCCUCGGAGAGCCUCAAGUAUCAAACAGACAGCAUUAUUCAGCAGCUGGAGAAAUUACAGAAGGAUAUCCACAGUGGUAUGAUGCAAGGACAGAACACAAAGGAACAGUCAGAAGUGAAGCUCUUGAGGGAAGUUGUCAAGGAGAAGGAGAGUGAGUUGUCCACGAGACAGGCUGCUUGGGAACAGAUGCAGGAGAAGCUGAACCAACAGAAAAUUUCUCUGGCAUCCUUCCAAAGUAAGGAGGAAGAGUGGAAGGUGAAGGUGGAGACUCUUCAGGAUAAGAUGCAUGACUUGACCACAAGUCUGAGAGAGAAGGAACAAGAAGUGCGGCAAGAGGCAGCCAAGACCGCAGCUCAGAGUGAAGACACAGUCAAGCUACGUCAAGAGAACUUCCGCCUCUCCUCUGAGCAUGCCAAGAUGUCGGCAGCACUGCAGGCAGAGCAGCACCAGCGGCAGUGGUGUGAGGGAGAGCUGCAGGACCUGAAGAAAGCCAAGGAUUUGACUGAGAAGAGGAUAGAGGAAGUAAUGUCCUUUGUACAGCAGUCAUCUCUGCAGCGCACUCCCCCGACAGGCCGGGACACUGACGAGGAUGACACCCUAACCAGCUGGAAGCAGGAACUGAAGAAACUUGAAGUGGAAAAGAAAAAUCUUGAAGAGAGGUGCUUUGAGCAGGAAAGUCGGGCACGCCAACUAGAGGUGCAGCUGAGAGAAGUAGAAGUAGGUCUAGAACUAGAGAAAAAUUCCAAGGUUGAUCUAGAAAAACAGUUAAAGAAAGCAAAAGAGUUAGUGACAAAGCUGCAGAGGGAGGUGAGUGAGGUGAGGCAGCAGCAGGAGGCCAUGCGGGACAUUGAGACUCAGCAGACAGAGCUAGAGCUGGAGAUCAAAUCAAGGGAAGCUGCCAUGGAAACCCUUAGGAAAAAACUUGAAGCUAUAAACAAAGAGAAACUUGAGCUCAGAAACACCAUCAUGGAACUGAAGGAGGAAAAGCUUUCAUUUGAACUGGUCAAGCAGGAAAAGGGAUUUGCUGAACAAAUGCAGAGAAAAACAGAAGAGCAGCUGCAUGAUCUUCAGAGGAGGAUAUCAAGAGAUUACGUAUCAAAGGCAAGUUUACAAGUCAUGCAGAAGGAACUGGAAAACAAGUAUCAGUUGGAAUUGAGCUCCAAACUUGCUGAGUUGAACCUCAUCAUCCAGGAACAAAACAAGCAACAAGAAUCGCUGACCAAGAGCAAACACUCCCGGGAGCAAGAACUGAAGAAUGAACUCAGCAGGAAGUCAGAGGAGGUGAUCCGACUGAAUGCCAAGCUGAGUGUGCUCGAUGAGCGAGGCGACACGUGGCGGGUGCGGCAUGACCGGCUGCUGGCGCUCUACCAGCAGCAGGCAGACCUCAACCACAGCUUCACUACCACAAGGAAGCACCACGAUGACCAACUCUCCAUCAGCUUACAGGAGAUAGACAAACAUUUGAAGACUCCACUGGCAACAUCCUCAUUCAUUGGGCAGCUCACUCCUCCUGUGUCCCUGCAGCUUCCUCCCCCACCAACCAACAUUGACAGCUACCACUACACUCAUGCAGACAUCCUGGACCGCACCCUGCAGUCCUAUCUCAACUCCUCCACCACAUCCAGGCACAGCGUCACUGAUGACAAACCACAGGCCAAAAUAUCACCAUUGCAGCCGUCCCCACAGCACAGCCAACACCACAGCAGAGUGCCGGAUCUUGAACAGUCCAGGGAUGAAUAUGUGGACCUUCUCAAGAUGAAGUAUGGAAUUUAAGCUUCAGUUUUUCAGAAGCACCAGUGGCCUUAUAUUCCUGGUAAUGAGGUUUGUAUGUGUGUGUGUGUGUGUGUGUGUGUGUGUGUGUGUGUGUGUGUGUGUGUGUGUGUGUGUGUGUGUGUGUAUUCCAUGGUUUUGUUAGGGGAUGAAGAAGUUGAGUGUAAAUGUGUAGCAGCUUCAGGUUUGGUGAAGUUAAUGAGCAAAAGGCAACAGUUUAAUAAUUGUAGAAAAUGGGAUUACAAAUGGUGAAGCAUAACAUUUCUUAGUUUGUUAGGUUCUCAGGUUCUCUGCAAACCAUCAAAUGUUAACAAACCUGCAUAGUGUUUGGUGGUUUGCAGACCUAGCACACUUGGAUAACAGUCUGGAUUGGGUGUUUACAAAUCUGAUACAAGAAUAAGAGCAAGUUUUAAGGCCGGAACAUUUGCUGUCUCAUGAAGUGUUGGACCAAGAGAUACAUGUUGUCUCAGGAUAUGGACCAAUUCUCUAGCUGUGCAUGGUUUUUAAAGUACACUGAGUUUUAUUGAAGAUAUUAAUACUAAGGUGUGAGAGUGUAUGAGUGUGUGUGAAGUGCCUCGCCAUAGUAAAGGUGUCUGCAUAGUAUAUAAAUAGUAUAGAUUUCAGAGGCCUUUGCAUGUUUUUAUUAUUAUUACUAUUACUAUUAUUAUUAUUAUUAUUAUUAUUAUUAUUAUUAUCAUCAUCAUUAAUAUACUUAGCCUUAAGAGUAUCAUCAUUAUCAUCACUGUCAUCAUUAUCCCUCGUCACAUACAAAUCAAAAGGUGAAGGGUCCAUAUUUAGCUUUAUUCAUUGCCACCAUUAGUGUCAUUUCUCUCACUUAUGUACCAAAAAUGUUGUUAUGGCAGGCCAUGAACUAUCCGUCUGUCUGUGCCUGGCAUGGCUGACUUGUUCAGUUUGUGCAUUUUCUGUAAUUUUAAGGUCAUCCUUGCUUGCCACAUCAAAGAAACUUGCCAUAUAUUUUAAAACCUGAUGAUAUUCUAGAAGUAAUGAAGCAGCAUGUGUUUUGUAGACUAGGAGUGACAGGUUGACAAUACUACAGGUAAAUAAGUGCUAUAUCCUUGCCUUAGUGUAGGACUCUUUAGGGAGUUAGUGCCUUAAUGUUAAGACUUGUUGGUGACAUGAGCAGCUUUGAUCCAGAGUAUAUUUCAGCACCGCCCACACAAACACUAUUCACCUCUCAUCUUCUGCCACCUAAAAAUCUCUUCAACUGUGAUAUUAUUGAAUUAGAUACUUAUGAUCUGAUGUUAGUUUAUUUUUGUGUUAGGGGGAGACAAUGAUUUACAAAUCAGUAAUGAUGAAACAUUUGAGGGACAUUUUUUAGUUAAUGCAAUCUUGUUGGUCAGUAUCAGUGAAUCUCACCUUUUUACAUGUGAUAUAUAUGAAAAGUUGUCUUAAUAUUUCCAUUGUUCUGAACACUCAGCUGUAAAUGACUUUUGGGAAUCAUAACAAGCCAGUGCCAAGACCAUGGGCAAUGCCUCCCUGGUGCACCUGCACAGGAAGGAUUCCACAACUGUGCCAUGUUUUUUGCCUGUGCCAUAAACACAAGGGAAAGUUUAAUUAUCAAAGGAAUGAUUCUCAAAAUGUGUUACAGGAUAUAGUGUAUGAUAACUUCCUGUGCAUAAUUUUAGCUUGCUGAAAUUAAGUGUGAUGAGUGUCAAUGAUGGUACUGGAGAUGGCCAUCAUGUCUGCUUCUACCACCGUGACAGGCACUCUUUCACAUAUCCUAAGGCACACUUUGGGAUGUUGCCAAACCAAAUUAUCUCAAGUUUAGUUUUAAGAAAUAAAUGCAACUGGAAAUAGAAUAUAGCAAAAUGAGAAUGAUUUGUUUAGUAUUUGUAGCUUGAAAAGUGAGUCUCCUCUUAAAUGCCUUGUACACGAACAAAAAUGUGCCUGUCUGUUGAAAUUUAAAGCCAGUUCAUGUUAGAGACUUGAUGGUGUACAACUCCAUUCUGUGAUAUGCUAUAGUAAGUACUGGUAGUAUUUCCUCUUACUCUAAGGUGUUCUUGUUUUGUCUGUGCAUUUGGUCAUAACACAAGGGACCAAGCAACAUGUCAUCCACAUUGCAGGGAGGCAUGUUCGGUGCUGUUUUGUCUUUUAAUAAGUUAACUAAUAAUAUGUACAAGCCUCCACUUGUACAAUGAAGAAAAUGCAUUUAA